AUGACUGACGCAGGAAGGAAGCAGAAAAGCCUGACAGACUUAGCUCAGGACGGAAAAGUCCCUUUGCCCUGCAGCAGCUCUCCACGUCCUCCAGUGUGUUCAAACGUCAUUCAGAAGUUGCCACGAAUACACAGCAGCGGCAUGAUGUGGAAGUUAGUGAGCUGCACACUGUGCUUCUUUGUCUCCUCACAGCUCAGUUUAUGGUGCGUUUGGGCCACAGCAGAUGAGCUGGACAGCGAGGUCAAGAUCGAGGUUUUGUUCAAACCCGAGGAGUGCACUCAAAAGAGUAAAAAAGGAGAUCUGAUAAACCUUCACUACGAUGGGUUCCUCGCCAAAGAUGGUUCCCAGUUCUACUGCAGUCGAUCAGACAAAGCCGGGCAUCCUCAAUGGUUUGUGCUGGGUGUCGGACAAGUCAUCAAGGGCCUGGAUAUUGGAAUAAUGGAAAUGUGUCCUGGAGAGAAACGAAAAAUAACUGUUCCACCUGCCCUGGCAUUUGGAGAAAAAGGCAAAGAUCCAGUGCCGCCCAAUGCUACGGUGGUCUUUGAGGUGGAGGUCUACUCAGUGUCCAGGGGACCACGCAGUAUGGAAGCUUUCAGACAAAUGGACAUCGAUAAAGACCAAAGUCUCACAAAGGCUGAGGUGAAGGAAUAUUUGAAACUGGACUAUGAAAAAGGAGGGAAGCCACGUGAUGAGCCUUUCUAUGAGAAGAUCAUAACUGAUAUAUUCCACAAGAGUGACCGGGACAGAGACGGACUUAUCAGUGCAAGGGAGUAUAAUAUUUAUGAACACGAUGAGCUCUAGUGUCAGAACUAGUUGAUCCUGGUCUUUUUUUACUUUACAUACUUUGAUCAGUUAGAGAGAAAACAUGAAUAGGUUAAGGAAAAAUCCAUCCUCAGAUGCUCAUACACUGUCAGAUGUCUGUUUAUGAUUUUCAGUCAGAUUUUUUUAUGUUUUUAUUUUUUAGUCUUUACUUCAACAUGGCUCAUUUCCUGCAUCCUAACCCUGCAUGCUUCUGUCGUAGACGAAGAACAUGAGGUCAGGAGGGGUCACAACAUUUACGCUAAUGCUCAGACUUAUACUACAUACAGUAGAGAAGAUACAUAGAGUAGAGCAUUUGCAAAGAUUAAUACUAUGAACUAAAAACUUAAAACUUAAAAAAUAAAUCUAACUUUGUCUUUUAGUAGCCUCAAAUUAUAGGUCACACGCUCCAUUCAAUAUAACUGAUUGACAAUAUUUAAAAAGGUGUCCACCGGGGGUUAAUGCUUCUGAAACAGGCAUCUUGUAAUUGCUUUCCUGCCGGCUGCCACACAGAUAAAGGAGAUAUGUGUCACUUUUAUUUAAUUCCUUUGGGGUGAGUCCAAGAUAUAGACAUUAAAGACAAUAAAACCCACUUUCUAUGAUCAUUAAAACGGUAUGGUAUGCCUCUAAUCUGAAUGCGCAUAGUCAACCAAUAUUGUCCCACACCUACAACAUGGCAGUGGAGUCCCCAUGUCUUGGCUUUUUGAGUGACUGGCAUUUUCUUUAGAAAUCCUUGUGCUGUGAAAAGACUGUAGCUCUGAAUAUCACAAUCACCUUGUCCAUGUUAGACCAGUUAUUCAUGAUAAUGAUGAGAACAUUUUCACAGGCUUCUCCUUGAUCUACUGCAGCUGAGAUUGUAUUUCAUCAGUAUGUUGCUUUGGAUUGAAUGAAUAAAACAUCAAACACCUAAAUAGGAUCCAAAAUACUGGGGAAUCGCCCUUAGCUGUUUUUUUUUUUUUAAAAACGUCUUGAAGAGUUUCAGGGUGGAUUUUUCUUUUAAAAAGCAGACAGGAUAUAACUGUGUCCCCAACACAGCUUUCCAAACCAGCAGACUAGACAAGUAUUAAACUAUGCAAGUAAGAACAUCUGCAUCACCUGUGAAAACCUUUACUUUUCUGCAAACACCACUUCAUUUUAAUAUUUGAAAUGUUUUAUUCUUAUCUUUUGGUUAACUCUCAAUUUGCAGCACAAAGAACAAACCAAAAGAUUUCACAAUGAUGUGGAAUCAGUGGCUUUAAGACUAGAACACGACCGUCACAGUAAGAACUGAGACCAUGAACAAACGUCUCUAACUUUGCCACCUUCCUCUGAAUGUUCUGCCCUCUAAUCUGCAGUAUUGCACUAGUGCACGGAGGUGACUACAUUACUUUUUAAUUUUUCAAAUUGAAUGUCCAAUAUAAACAAACAGAGAUUAAAUGUGGCUGUGGUUUGAAUAUAAUUGAUGAUAAACAUACGCACAUGCGUACGUGUUGUGGUCUGUCAGAAAUGUUUACAAGUUUUGUGUACAUCUUUUCAUCAUGAUUAACAUUUUAUUCAGGUGAACCAUUGUUGUAUUUAGUAACACAAUAAAUAAACCAUGUUA